UAUCAAUCGAUGAGCGUUACUCGAGCAUCGACUGCUAUCGGCUCCUUUGACGAUUCCGCGGAAUGAUGUCGCAGCGUUUUCACGGAGAACGUUCAGACAGUGUGUAGAUGCGCCCAUGUCACAGAGGUCGCUCUCCGUCGUUUCCCACCUCCCGUGAAAGCAUCAAGUGAAGCUGCAGCAUGAGACACGGCCUUACAAGACACGUGCUCGGCGCACUUGCAACAUCGCUCGUCGGCAGUGCCGCCAUCAGCCCAGUGCACAAGCCAGAAGUCGCUCGGCGCGAUAAUGGAGACCAUACUCAAGCUGCAUACAUUGACUUCACCAAUCCACCCUGGACAUGCUCCUUCGAUGUGACCUGGCAUCCAGUCCCAAAACAAGCGGUCAUCAAGAAUUUUGCCCCAAAUUGUCACGCCGUAGCCGCAACGGCUUUCUGUCUUCCCAGCCAAGCCACAUGUGAUGUCUCGAUCGAAAUCGCCAGUAACUCAAAUCCGCGGACAAACGUCUACUUUGUCGCCACCGUCAGUCCUUCGGGGAAACUGUCUGCUUGGCUCCUCUCGACUGCUUCGCGAAUCGACGGAACCUAUCUCGAUGAUGAUACAGAGGUCUUCUUAGAGCUCGAUGGCUCCGGGACGGCUAGACUGCCGCGCUGCUUCUACGACACCAAGCGCGACCCUCCCGGCAUCGAUUGCUAAGAAUACGAACUAUGAAUCAGAUGCAUUUCCCUCAAGCCAUGGCAAAAAGGUGUGAUUCCGGUUCUGUGUUGCCCGAACGGAUCGCGGUCGUCAGUGCA